UUUUAAACCGCAAAAGUGGAACAACCACCACCGCCACAUCGUGCCAUCUCUAGCGUGCACGCGUUUCGUGAUGAAUGGUGAGAAAUCGCAGAGAAAACAUGCUUAACAAUAAAAAAAGAAGAAAACCAGCAGCUAACGCUGGCUGAUUGAUAUAACGAGGCAGGACAGCGGCGUAAGAGACAAAAAUUAUAAGUUAGUGUAGAGAAAAAAUCGCUCUUCGCGAAGAAAAAUCUGGUGACGAAUCGUUGGCGAUCCGAUGAGCAACAUAAACGUAAACACAGUGCCCAGGCCGAGUCCAAAUGCCAAUGGGAAUCCAAAUGCGAAUCCAAAUCGCAGUGUGGACUCCGAGGAGGAGGAGGGCGAUGGCCGGAUGAGCGACAGCGGGAGCAACUCGGCCAGCAGUCAGAGGAGUCGUACGUCGAGCAGUAGCUCCUCGGAUUCGACGAGCGGCUCCCUGGAUGAUGAUCCGGAUGGCGAGGACGAGGAUAUGACCGACCAGGACGCGGGCAGCGCUUCGGAAACGGAGGACGACACCACCACCUGCCGGUCGGACGAACUGGAGCUGGCGCAGCUCACUGGGCGGGAUAUCUUUCGUUUGCCGCGGGGCUUGUGCGAAAAUGCAUCCAUUUUUCAUGAGUUCUUCUCUCUUGAGACCUGGCAAAUGCUGCCCCAUCACCUCCAGGCCCGGCUACAGCCGAUGCUACCGGACUUCUCCCGUUUGGUAUCUGGACAGGCACAGGCCGGUGCCGAACAGCAACGUACACUGGUGCAGCUAUUCAAUGGUGGCCUUCAGCGCUUCGGUCAAUCUCCACUGCUUCAGCUGCAACGCCAACUGGAAGAAGGAAACCUGCGCCCGGAUGUCCUUCAGCUGCGUAAGAGCAUUCAGCACUCGGGCAGAAGAGAAUUUCGUUUCCAGCAGGCUGAACGCUUGAGCCAGCUAGCUAAGGAGCUCUUUCUAUCAAGGGAACAGCUUCUCCAACAUGCCUACACCUCUGCUCCACCCUCUGAUGGUGCUUUUGGUAAAAACCUGCCUAGGCCGCGUUCCCGUAAGAGAAAACCGCCCACACUCUCGACGGAAAACAGAUUUUGUUCGCAGCGUGCCAAGAAACGCUAUGCCCAAGAGCUUCUGGAACUUAUAGGCGGGCUAGAGGCAAAACCCGGCGACAUCAGUGCGGAGGAGGAGGAGGAGGACGAGGAAUGCUCACAGCUCAUGGACCGCUUGGCCAAGGCCCCGCAGGAAUUCAAAUUGGAGGAGCCCAAGGCUCCGGAGCCGGCAGGACCUGGCAGGCCCUCGAAUGCGGCGGACAAGAAAUGCAUUUACAACACCUUCUUCAAGCGGCGACCUGGUGUAGACGACGACCUUGUGCUGCGCUCCAUGCAGGCGGAGAAAAUUCCCCAGCUCAACGACAAGAACUUCCGGAAGUAUCUAAGGGACUACAAGCGCCGGAAAUUGGAACAACCGGAGAGUCCUGAGUUCGAUACAUCGGAGGUACGACUGCGCGACAUCUGCACUCGAGCACAGUUCGUCGGAAGCUUUAAGCCAGGUCGAAAACCGAAAGCGCUCAUGGCCCGCCUCAAUGCAGAUCCACCCGCUCUUGUGCCCAUUGGCGUAACGCCUACGAAAGAUGAGUUUGUAGAUGAGGAGCCCAUGCUGCUGGAUGAACCGCACCAACUGUACGGCCGCCGAGCACCGGAAGAUCAUCCGGAGGAGCACCUGUCGCACAAGGAGCCCCCGCCUAUGCCAAAGAAAGUAAUGCCCGCUCCAGUUGUUCUUCCACAUCCCGUGCCCAAGCUGGAACCUUUGAAUGGUCCCAUAACAAAUCCCAAGGCGAGUCCCACGACGCCCAAUCACUCGAACAACACGAUUAGUGUUCCUGCAACUGCUGGACAUAUCACCGGCAGUCCCACCCGGGAAGUGCAGAUUCGUCCGCCAGCCUCACCUCGCCCUGCCUGCUUCUUCUCUCUGCUGAGGGAUCUAUUUGUAUCCACACCGCAGCACAGGUUGACAUACGGCGAACUGCAAAUCUUGUUGUCCAGCUGGCGGGAAAUCAACUCGGAUGCCGCAAUACCUAUCGGGGAAUGGCCAAGGUUCCAGCCAGAUUGGUCUAAGCUGUUACAGUCGGCAAUCAAUUUCUUAUCGGGUGAUUUGGCUUCCGUUCCUGCCGAUUAUGUUCCCUAUAUUGAGCACAAAACUCAGUUGGGAAUCUACCAGUGGAUAGGAGCUGGUCGGGAUUCGGAUGCAAGACUCCUCAGCCUAUGUCAGUUUUGGUUGCGAACCCAAAGGGAGGAACAGUCUCAACUCAGCCCGGUUUUGAUUUCGGGUGUUCACCUGAACUCGAUGGUGGAUGCGUCACCAACACCGCCUCCAAGAUGUCCCACCACCUGGACUGUGCGCUCAGCCAGCCAGGCGGAGAUCCUUGAGUUCCAGCGCCAGGAGAGAAUACGCUUUGAGUAUCCGCAUCGACCGUUCACCUAUCGUCUCAAUGGGUAUGAGAGUGUGGUGGGCCCAGUCAAAGGAAUCUAUACCCAAAGUCUGCCACUGAACAAAGCAAGGGGUCACGCAGUUAUGGUGGAUGACCGACCUCCAUUUGUGACUAUCCUGACUCUAGUACGAGAUGCUACCGCUCGGCUUCCCAAUGGAGAGGGAACUCGCUCCGAGAUCUCCGAACUGCUUAAGUGCUCCCAGUAUAUCAGUCAACAAGCUGCGGAUAAUGUGUUACAGACCAUUGUGAGUGGUGCCUUGGAUCGUAUGCACGGUGGUCCGGAUCCUUGCGUGAAGUACGAUGCAAGGCGCAAGAUCUGGAUUUAUUUGCAUCGAAAUCGCAGCGAGGCGGAAUUCGAGAAAAUGCAUCGGCAUAACCAAUCCUUAGUUAAACAGAAGCAGCAGCAAAGAAAGCAGCUGAGCAGACCUAAGAUACCAGACGACGGCUCUGGCUUAGCUCCAGAGCACCAGCAGGAGCAAGUACCCGCCUUGGUUCCAUCAGUGGUCUCACCGGUUCCAGUUUCGGUGCCACAACCAGUGGGUGCUGCUCUGCAGAUGAAGAAACCACUCGCCGUUAAAUGUCCGCCAGUGCCGCCCUUAAAAUAUCAUGUACCACCUGGCACGCCAAGUGCAGGAACGAUUGUAGCAGCCACAGCCAAUAUAAAUGCAAAUCAAAUCCCCAUGCAGCAGAUACAGAAAUCUCUGCUUAAGCCUGUGGGAGUGCCCAAUUCCGUUUCAUCGCCCGUUCAACGGCAGUUGGCAACUGCUAAAUCUGGCACCUUUGCGAUCUCCAAGAUCAGUCCCACGCGUAACACCACGCCCAUAUUGGUAUCCACUCCCAGUGGCUUGCAAACAGUGCAUGUAGCAACCACUCCAAAUCAAGGAGGAGGAUCCGUUCCCUCUACGGUUGCCAAAAAGCUGACCAUCAAAAAGCCCGUUCCUAAUAACAAAAUAGGAAACUUUAUCAUACCUCUGGAUCAACAGCAAAGCGGUCAGCAGCUACAGCAACAGGGACAGCAUGUGAAGGUACAACCGAUUGCUGGAAAACCCAAGGCAGUCACUAUCACCCCGCGUCCUCAGAUGCCGAAGAACAUUAUUCGUCUGUUGCCCGCUGGAGGAGCUGCAGUAUCCGGGAACCCAGUAAUAGGUACCAAGCCCAACUCUGUUCAAAUCCUCGGACCCCGCGUUGUUCCGCAAACCCAGACGGUGCGUCCGGCUCAGCAGAAGAUCGGCGCUGUUUCCAUUGUGGCCAACAAACCAGUUACAAGUGUUGCCGCUACAGAAACUGCAAGUCCUGUGACAAUGAGCACUAUCAGUUCUCCUGUUACGGGAGGUGGAACGAUAGUAAAAAUGUCGCCACAAGCAUUUGCCAAUCUUCAGCAGCAGCAGCAACAGCUGAAACAGAAGGUGAACAAUGCCAGUCCUGCCCUGAACUCACAGCAGCAAAGGAUCAUUGUGGGCAACACGGCAAUUUCCGCGAACAAGAAAAUCGUAUUCCAGUCGCUGACGAAAGCAGCACCCAAAAUACUCACCACAUCGCCAAGUGGCUCGGUCACCAAAGCAACGACAAAUUUGUCACCGCAGCAGCAGAGAAUUGUCUUGCAGAACUUCAAGCAACCGGUAAUGGCUACGAAUCAAUCCGGUACCUUAACGGCAGUGGGAGGAAAUGCAACGCGCGUUAUUCGAGCUACUCCAGCCACAUCUGUGGCAACUGGAGGAAUAAUGGGAGCGGGAAACCCUCAAACAGCUGGACAAAUCAUCACUUUGGAUAGUCUGCUGCAAAAGCAACCUGCUGGGGGAAAACUGCUUACAACCGCUGGCAACAACAUCUUCCAGUUGGCCACUUCCUCAGCGGGAAAUGUAAUUACACUUAGUCCCAACCAGCCAACGAAGCAGUUGCCCACGAUGACACGAAUUGUGAGUGCCACCAGUACUACUCCAGCAACUGGAAACACAUCGACUGUGGUACCCAAAAUUAUUGGAAAAACUACUGUGCUUCCGGGAAAACCACUACUACUGCACGCCAAAACAUUAAAACAGCUUGGCGGCAGUAGUGUGGCCACUACCCAGACCACUACAACGACGACAACAGCACUUGCAUCAGCGGCAGUGGGAGGAGCAGGUGGAACCCUGGUUACGGGAACUGGAGUGACUAACGCUGCCGGGCGAACAACUCAGAAUAUUGUGAUUGGAGGUCAGACGGUGAAGCUGCAGGGAGCGAUUUCCGCUCGAGGUGCCGGCGCUCCCGUUCAGACUGUCAUUAUGGGCAACCAACUGUUGCGACUAGCCAGUAGCAGCAGCAAUAGUGGAACUACUUCCACUAGCGGCAUAGCGACGGCGCCCAAAACGUUGCUAAUUGGACCGGGAGGCACUCAAACGUUGCGCUUGGCCAAGAACGUACUGGUGGCCAACAAAUCAAUCACUAGUACCGUCAACAGCAGCGUUGUAAACAGCUCCACAACGACAGCAGCUCCUGCUGCGUCGACAACGCCUGGCAACAAUCUCGUAUUCGCCGUGCAAGGCAACGGUGGACAGCUCUUCUUCUCACCGGGACUGCAGGGCAUGAACCUGAAGCCACUGUCCAGCUUAAAAGUGAUACCCAUGGCAACAGCAUCGGCAGGUGGUGCAACGGUAGGUGGAAAAAUUUCUGUGACGACGGCAGCCGGAGAAACAGGAGCAAAGACGCUGACUACAAAACUAAUUCCGGCAACGGUUCUCAAGACGGCCACAGGGAGUGGCAAUUAGGAGGCUGAGGAGCGGAGAGGCUUGUUAACCACGUUGAAUAUCCUUACCGGUUACACUUUCUUCGAUUUUGUUUUUUAACAACACGUGUAAUUUAUCUAUGUAGGCAGAAAGAUUGCAAAUAUUGCUUCGUACUAAGUAAAUUUAAUGGACACUGAUAAGAUGUCCCAUCCAGCAACCAAUUUUAUGAAACAGUUUAUAAAAUAAUAUAUAUAUAGAGACACCCAAUAAAACUCAAAUGAAACCAGAAA